UUGCUAAGAAAUAGCGUGUGCGCGCGAUCGGUACGGAGGCGCGCAGCUCGAGCGCCGCUGCUCAGUGCUCAGACAUGGCGGCGGAUCUAAACCCGGAGUGGCUAUGUCGCCUGCCUUCCUCAUGGAGUUACGGCGUGACCCGGGACGGACGGGUCUUCUUCAUCAAUGAAGAAGCGAAGAGCACGACCUGGUUGCAUCCAGUAACGGGAGAAGCCGUCAUUACGGGACACAGAAAAACUCCCGAUUUACCCACAGGAUGGGAAGAAGGAUAUACGUUUGAAGGCGCGCGCUGCUUUAUUAAUCACAAUGAGCGGAAGGUGACCUGCAAACAUCCGGUCACAGGCGUUCCAUCGCAAGACAACUGCAUCUUUGUCGUCAACGAACACCUGAAUUGUGGGAAACUUGUCCAUCCUGUUUUAAACAGACCAGCGACCAAAGCACCAGUGACUGAAAAGAAAGAGCGUCCCACCAGCACCAUGAGUGAAGCGUCCAACUACACCGGCGGCUCGGACUACACAGCACACCCCAGCAGUCCAACAUUAAGACCAUCAAGGUCCUCAAAAAAAGUCCACAACUUUGGAAAGAGAUCCAACUCCAUCAGGAGGAACCCAAAUGCCCCAGUGGUGAAAAACGGGUGGCUUUAUAAACAGGACAGCACUGGAAUGAAGAUGUGGAAGAAGAGGUGGUUUGUGUUGUCAGACAUGUGUCUCUUCUACUACAGAGAUGAUAAGGAAGAAGGGAUCCUGGGCAGUAUUCUUCUUCCCAGUUUUCACAUCUCUAUGCUGUCCGUGGACGACCAUAUAAGCAGAAAAUAUGCCUUUAAGGCAACGCAUCCGAACAUGCGGACGUACUAUUUCAGCACUGACGCAGCCAAAGACAUGGAGUCAUGGAUGAAGGUUAUGACUGAUGCGGCAUUGGUCCACACGGAGCCAGUUAGAAGGCUUGAUAAGAUGAAGGUUGAGCCACGUGGCCAUCACGAGAUGAACAACAUGCUCAAUCACAGGGUCCUGACCCGACCUGAGAUCCAAAACAACGAGAGGAAUCGUGACACGCUUCGCCAAGACGAAAAGAAACAGGUGCCUUUAGAGAAACAACCCUGCAUCCAAAAAGAGAAAGAAAGCAAAGGUAGCGUGCAUAAUGAUGGCGAGAGACAUGUCCUUCAAAGAGACAGCGAGAACUACGCUCUCCAGAUAGACGCUCAAAGACUGCCGAUGCAGACGGACGAAGACAGGUACAUGCCGCAGAAAGACGUGGAACAAUACGUUUUUCAGAAAGAUGGGGAGAAGUACGCCGUUCACAAAGAAGGAGAUAAGUAUUUACUACAAAAAGAUGGACAGAAGUACACGGUGCACAAGGAAGGAGACAAGUACACGCUUCUGAGGGACGGCGACAGCUACGUCCCACCAAACGAGAGUGAGAAAAUCUUGCAGAAGGAUGGAAGGCAUCACCUCGCGCUCCAACAGGAAGGAGAUAAACACACUCACCCGAAAGACAGAGAAAAACCCAUCCCGCCUCCACGUGAGGGCGACAAGUACGGAUUCCAAAAGGAGGGCACGUUGGAGCGCCCGCUCACCAAGAUUAACAGCAUCAAACUUCAGCCUGCCCAAGCGGCGGCCAUCGCCGCGGCCGUAUCGGCAUCCCGACAACACCAGAGCGGAUCCGUUCCGUACAAACCACCCCAGGUCAAUGGCUCCUGGGAACGAGGAGGGGACCGAAGCCCUGCAGACGUAACCAACGCUUUGCCACCGAGGACCCCGGUUCCUCCACAGCCGGUAGAACCUGAGAGAACGCUGAGCAGAACCAACUCCAUGCAGCAGCUUGAGCACUGGGUUCGGACCCAGCGUACACGAGGCCCGGACGAUGACACCAGGAGCAUCACCUCCUACCAGACGCUGCCCAGAAACAUGCCCAGCCACCGGGCGCAGGUCGUACCGCGGUAUCCUGAGGGUUACCGCACGCUCCCGCGCAACAUGCUGAGACCGGACAGCAUCUGCAGUGUGGCGGGGUCGAUGUACGAUCGCGCCCUGCAGCCCACGUCGACGGAGAAACGCCGAUCCAUCCGGGACGACACCAUGUGGCAGCUGUACGAGUGGCAACAGAGGCAGACGCACAGUCGGCUGGGGUACGGGACGCUGCCUAGCCCUAAAACCAUGGGGCAGAUCGCCGAAUCCAUUCCCACUUCCCCUUCGCACGGAUCUCUGGCUGGUUAUCACACCUUCUCCCCGAAUCGGCCCCUUAACCCGGACACACGGUCUGAAGUUUCCUCUCCAGUGUUCAGAGGAGACGUGACUCUAGAACGUCGCCACCGACCGCACGUCUCCAAGUAUUCCUACCCUCCUGAACGCAGACCAGCGCAGAGCAUCACUGCGCAGUCGCUGCAGGGCAAAACGCCGGAGGAACUCACCCUACUGCUCAUCAAACUACGCCGACAACAGGCGGAGCUUAACAGCCUCCGUGAGCACACGCUCACCCAGCUCAUGCAGCUAAACCUCGAUGCUGCCAACCCAAAGAGUGAAAUUCUUUCUCAUCACCUACAGAGGAACCUCAUGUACCUGGACGGUCAGAUGAAGGAAAAUGAGCCAGUAAUCUUCAUGAUUCACACUAUGAUUGAAAACUCAGCGCCAAGGCCGCAACUGUACCAGCAACAGAUGAGUCCAGAAGAGUACAGAGAAAGCUCCUAUUCGUACAGACCAGAGGAAUUAGAUAUAGAUGCGAAGUUAAGUCGACUUUGUGAGCAGGACAAAGUUGUGAGAACUCAAGAAGAAAAAUUGCAGCAGCUUCAUAGAGAAAAGCACACGCUGGAGACUGCGUUGCUGUCGGCCAGUCAGGAGAUCGAGAUGAGCGCAGAUAAUCCAGCAGCAGUCCAGAGCGUCAUCCAGCAGAGAGAUGUGCUGCAGAGCGGCCUACUGAGCACGUGCAGAGAGGUGUCGCGCGUCGCUUCUGAACUGGAGCGUAGCUGCAGAGAGUUUGAUCGACUCGAGGCCGAUGUCACGCUGGCUAAGAGCAACCUGCUGGAGCAACUAGAGGCCCUUGGAAGCCCACAGACGGAGCCUCCCAGUCAAAAACACGUUCAGAUCCAGAAGGAGCUGUGGAGAAUCCAGGAUGUGAUGGAGGCGCUGAGCAAGAACAAACCUAAGAAGACCACAGAACCAAGUUUUCCUGGUGCAAAUCCUCUAUCAAACCUGCAUAAAAGUGAAGACUCUGUGCCCCCUCGGCCUCCUCUCCCGUACUCUUAUGAGGGGGGAGAUCUUCCGCCGCUGCCCCCUCUGCCCCCCGUCGGCUCCGGCCAGCCCCGUACCACACCUCACAGGCCUGAAGACCGCAAAGCCGCCCAACGCAACGGUGCACACAGCGGUCCAGAUUACAGACUGUAUAAAAGUGAGCCUGAACUUACCACGGUAGCUGAGGUAGACGAGAGUAACGGAGAAGACAAAUCCGAACAAACGGCAGAGAAAGAGCCGCCCACCGUUACCAAAGGUGUAGUUUACCCUGUCGGUGUGGUGAGCCCAAGGACCAAAUCACCCAUGCCUGAAUCCUCCACUAUUGCCUCUUACGUAACCUUGAGGAAGAGCAAGAAACCUGAUCCCAGAACAUCUCAUCCGCAGGACCGUCCUCACAGCACUGUAGAUCACAUGAGCACCGCACUCGAGGUGGGUCGGACUCGCAUGAGCGUCGAAGAGCAAAUGGAGCGAAUCAGACGGCACCAGCAGGGGGCGCUGCGCGAGCGGAGGAGAGAGGACGGCUCGCUGUGUCGUAGCCUCUCUUUCACUAAAGACAACACGUACUACUAUACACUACAGACACGUAAGAAGAGCCCGUCCAUCUCCCCAGACGAACCAGACGACCGCAGAGUCGCAUCACCAACGGAACGAGAGCCGACGGCAAAGCAAGAAGACGCAGAGAAGAACUGCAAGACUUCUAAAGAUGGAGAACCUAAGAAGGUCAAACCAGAGAUUAAGAAGAAACCAGAUGUGUUUCGAUCCCAGUCCUUUAAAGAGGCGUAUUUUAAGAGCGUAAGUCCUAAACCGAUACUAACUGAGGAGGGCCCUAAACGUCAGCCGCCGGUGGAGGACCGCAGGACUCUGCCCACUCAAAACAGCUUACAGACGGCCGUCAUGGUACGUGUGGGCACGGAGGAAGAUGAAGAGGAGGAAGAUGAAAAAGCCUCCAGUAAGGGACAGGAUGUCUCGUAUGAGCUGACCAAUAGUAAACACAGUACGCUGAUGACAGUGAACAGUCUGUCAACUCCACCCCAAUCUCCAAGCUCCUCCUCCUCUCCCCCGCCUCCACCGUCUCCCCCUCAGCUGACAGAUGGAUCUCACUUCAUGUGCGUGUAAGAGGAGCGAUGAAAGACCCUUCACUGUCAUCAGUAAAUGGCGGUAUGUGAUGGGACGUCUUGAAGUACCGCCCACUUCUGCAUCAGCUGACCAACACAGACUCAACUGUGUCCAGGCCUUAGUUCAAUCAUCCAGUUUGCCAAUCACCUUAAGGAAAAAUGAUACAGAUUUAGUGAUUAUUUAUAUUCCUAUUACUGUUUGUUUUUAUGCAUAUUUUAGAUCACAGAGUUUUAUUCUGUUUUGAUGAUUUUAGUGUGAAUGAGGUGCUGUUAAAUGUUCAUUACAGCAUCCAGAUACUUAUCCACACACAGAUACCCAGUCAUUAUAUUGAAGUUAACAAGGGUUGUGUUCAUUAUUUGCUUGUUUUAUAUCAAUUUGACCAGGUUUGACCCAGUGUCGGUGGAUGCGAUUAUUAGUACUCAUAUCUUUUGCACUGUAACUCCCAUUGAUUCUGUUUUUUUUACUCUGUUGAUAUCAAAGGAUUUGUGUAUAAACUGUAAAACAGACAAUUUCAAUAAGGUGCCACAGUACUGCUGCCGACAGAGAUGGGAUUUGUAAAUGAUCUGUAUGGAUAUAGUCGCAAUAGCCUCCACACUGUUUUCCGACACACUCAUGAAUGUUCCAGCUUAUCUUUUAUUUUUCUAUGGCUGAGAUAUAUUUAAAUAGAGACGAGUAAGAAGAGUAUUACAGUUUUAAAGAAGAGUAUUACAGAGAUUUGCUUUAGUUUGUGCUCCAGCGCUUUUAAGCGUCUUAACCUAGAGGAGAAUAGCACACGGGAAGUAAUGGUUUUACAGUUUAAAAACAGCAAUAAGCGGGGUUUCGGUCUUUAACUUUGAUGUACAAACUGUAAAAUUCAUGGUGUAUAUAAUGUACAUCAUACUAUGAGCAGAGCAACCAUAAGAGGUUAUGUAUCAGAGUCAAUAUGCAAAAUGUUCAUAUUUCAUCUGUUUUAUAUCAUGUGAAAUAAAUGUUGAUGUUCUUACAUAUAA